AUGUCGCCCUUGAAAGUAACCUUCUGCUUUGCAUUCCUUCUUGUUCUUCAGGCCGUGAACGGACAAUUCGGCCCAUAUGGAAAUUGGGGUCCAUACCCAGCCAUGUCCAACAACGACAAUGACUUGGACGUCAUCCUGCCAAUCAUGCUCCUCGCCAUGAUGGGUGGCGGAGGCUUCGGCGGUGUUCCCCCACCCGCAAUGCCAGUGCCCAUUCCUUACGCUGGUGGGUACGGAGGUGGUUGCGGAUGCGGCGGAUGUGGGUGUUCGCGCUGCUAA